AUGGCUGUGUAUGGUGGCUCCAUAAUGGCUGUGAGUGAGGCCCUGGUGUGUGUCAGGAACACUCUCCUGUCACUCUGGCUGGCGGUAGUUCUGUUCCUAUAUGGAUGGUCCCAGGUUGUGCACUCCCGACCCCAUGGUGCCCCAGAAGUGGUGAUUCCCUUGAAGGUAGCAGGCUUUGGCAUGAAGACUAAAGACUGGCUCUCUUACAGAAUGCAUUUUGGGGGCCAGAAUCAGAUAAUCCACAUGAAGGUCAACAAGCAUUUUCUGUCCAGACACUUCCGAGUGGUUACCUACUCAGACCAGGGUGCUCUCUUUGAGGACCAGCCUUUUGUAAAGAAUGACUGCUACUACCAGGGUUAUGUGGAGGGGGACCCAGAAUCCCUGGUUUCCUUCAGUACCUGUUUGGGGGGCUUGCAAGGAAUAUUACAGACAAAUGACAUUGUUUAUGAAAUAGAGCCCGAUACACUUUCUACCAUAUUUGAACAUUUCAUAUAUAAAGUGGACAGUGAGGAGACACAAUUGCCACCCAUGAGAUGUGGAGUAACAGAUGAAGAAAUAGCACGACAACUGAAGUUUCAGGAGAGUGUUAAUUUCACUUUGAUGCAGAGUGGGUAUGAAGGCUGGUGGACACACAACCGGCUUCUUGAACUGGCAGUGGUGGUGGACCACAAUCGCUAUCUUCAUCACCAAAGUAACACCACAGCUGUGCAGUAUGAAGUAUGCUUUAUUGUCAAUGAAGUUGAAUAUUUUUUAUAUUCUCUAGAUGUUGAUGUUGUUUUAAUGGGAAUUGAGGUCUGGACUGAAAAAAACCCUAUUAAAAUAGGUUCGAUAGGUAAUGUCCUGGGCACAUUUUGCAAUUGGAAGCAAACUAGCUUUAACAGCCGCCUUCCACAUGAUGUUGCACAUCUUUUGGUAAAACAUAGCUAUGGUAUUACUCUUGGCAUAGCCUUUAUUGGAACAGUAUGUAACUUUACAUAUAAUUGUGGAGUGGAAAGUUUAAUGUACAAUAAAUUGAGUGCUGUUGCACACACUGUUUCCCAUGAGAUUGGUCAUAAUUUUGGGAUGAAUCAUGAUGACAAAACUUGUAUAUGUGGACAUAAACAAUGCAUAAUGUAUCCAGUAAGAUCAAAUGGAAUAAGAUUCAGCAACUGCAGCUAUGCUAGCUUCAUCAACACCACAGCAGGGCAAAACUGUAUGUACGUUUCAUCAAAUGCAGGGAACAUCUUCACACUUGCACGGUGUGGGAACAGUGUGGUUGAAGAAGGAGAAGACUGUGACUGUGGCGCUUUACAUUUGUGUAUGGAAGAUCCGUGCUGUGAGUCAGACUGCACUCUCAGCCCUGGGGCUGCUUGUGCUUCUGGGCUUUGUUGCAGACACUGUCAGAUCGCUCGAAGAGGAAAAGUUUGUAGAAAAAAGAAAAAUGAAUGUGAUCUCCCAGAGUGGUGCAAUGGGACAUCCUACCAUUGUCCAGAGGAUGUGUAUGUGCAGAAUGGGAUCUCAUGCAAGGGCGGUGGCUACUGCUAUGAAAACAGAUGCAAUAACCGUGAAGAGCAGUGUAGGAACGUAUUUGGCAAAGAGGCCAAGAGUGCAAAUCAGAAUUGUUACACGGAAAUGAACACCCGAGGUGACCGUUUUGGGAACUGUGGUUUAAUGAACGGUGCGUACAUAAAAUGUAGCAUCUCAGAUACCUUGUGCGGGAGGAUUCAGUGUGAAAACGUGACAAAACUUCCCCUUCUGAGAGAUCAUUCUACUGUGCAUUGGACUCACUUCAAUGGCGCCACCUGCUGGGGUACCGACUACCACUUCGGGAUGACCCUACCUGACAUUGGUGAUGUGAAAGAUGGGACAGAGUGUGGGGCAGAACAUGUCUGCAUCCAAAGGAAGUGUGUCCAUAGGUCACUUCUGGUAACUAGUUGUUCACCUAAGAGCUGCAAUCUGAAAGGAGUCUGCAACAACAGGCAGCACUGCCAUUGCAACUCGCAGUGGGAGCCUCCCUUCUGCCUGGAAAGAGGCCAUGGAGGUAGUAUUGAUAGUGGCCCACCCCCUGGGAGAACAGUGAGACAAAAGACCAAUUACCUGGGACCACUUUGGUUGAUUCGUUUCAUUCUUUUAUUAUGCUUGUUAAUUUUGGGUUUUCUGACACGCAGAAGAACAGAUAAGAGUGAAGAGCAGAAUGUGGCACCUUCACAUGAGUAA